AUGCCUCCAAAGAAGAAGCCUAAGCUUGCGGAAGCUUCAGAGACAGAGAAUGGGCAGUCAUCUGCUACACCAGCGUCCGGCGAGAGCGCGAAGCUAGAGACCGACUACGACAUUGUCGCGGAUCCUUGGACGGACGAGCAAGAGACGGCUUUACUGAAGGCGAUUAUCAAGUGGAAGCCUGUUGGCAUGCACAAACACUUCCGCAUGAUCGCAAUCUCCGAAUUCCUCAAAACCCAAGGCUAUGCGCCCGCGAACGCAGACCACACACGAAUCCCUGGCAUUUGGAGAAAGCUCAGCACACUUUACAAUCUUGCAGCACUCGACGAGCGGGAGGAUUCGUUAAUAUCAGAUGUCGCGGAUGACGGCGAUCCCUCAGCCGAACGCUACUGUCCCUUCCAACUCCCCGAUGAUGAAUACGGUGAUAUGAUGUUUGAGAGGAGGUUGGCGACGGAGGACUCUGCAUCGCCUACGAGUGGGCGGGCUGAGUCGAGGAGAGGGAGCACUGUGGCGGAUACGGAUGAAGCACGCUCCUCCCCUGCACCCUCCCGUGGCCGAAAGAGUACCCGCGGCCGUCCUCCAGGAACACGCGGCACGCGCGCGAAACGGUUCCAAGCUGAGGAAUCCCGAAAAAGCGCAGCUACUGUCGAUGACGAAGAAGACUCUGAAGAGGAGGAAGCUGAUGAGGAUGCCUCGGACGCCGCGAAAGAAGACAGUGAGAUUGAAGACGAUGAAGAGGAAGCGGGUGAUUCUCCGAAUCCAAGAAGUACAAGGGCUCAGACGUCACGGUCUAAACGAGGUGGAGGAACAGGGACAAGAAGGACGGGGAGGCGACGUUGA